AAAAGAGAUUUCCGGACCACAAGCAAGGUAGCUGGUUGUGGCAGUUGUACUGCAACUUGUCUCUCUUUUUUAAACAACAACAACAACAACAAUGACAUUUCACUUCUUUUCCAAUUUCUGAAAAUCCCUGCCUUCCAGGACUUCUGGGUAUAGAAGAAAAACAGGUCAGUAUGAUUCCAGUCUGAAAACUCAUAAAAUCUUUAAAGGGGCAUUAAAAUGGAGAAAGAGACUGAUAAUAACUUGAAGCGAGAUACUUAUGAACUGCAUCACAUAUUCUCCAAUUGCUGCUAUUUACCAGAGAUAAGGGAAGGGUUAGAAAUUUGAUUCAAUUUAUAUUCAAAGGUGAAUUUAUCAAAUCCACAUUUUCUGAAGCCAUAUGUCGGUCAUCCUUCAAAAUCCGCACUUUUUCUAAUUUUGCUAUAUAGUUCUUCAGCUAAGCAAUGUUUCCAGAAAUGCUUAUCUGAGCAAAGUGAGCACAUUAAUGCAUAUAUUGGUGAAAACAGCAUACAAAAAUGCAUUGUAUUCGGGGAAAUUGCUUACAAAAAUGUGUGCAUUUGUCAAAAUGGUAUUUUAUUCAGAGGAAUUCACACUAAAACGUUGAAGAAUUUUCCUCCGAUUUUUUUUUAAAUUGCAGAUUGCUGCAGAAGUGUAGAGAAGCGAAUUUAAAACUGCACAAAUAAGAAACUAGGAGAACUUUAAAUUGACACCAUUUGUCCCUAUGUUUUUUUUGGGGGGGGGACUUGUUAAAAUCUUGUCCGCUUUAAUGUGUGUACACCAGAGUUGUUUGGUUUUUAAGUCUCCUUCUUUGGGUCUCUAGAAAUUACAUCUCCAGGGCAAGGGAAGAUGAACUGUGACUCUAGUGCACAUGCAUGGGAACCAGGGAUUGGGAUCCUCUGGCUCACGUGCCAGAAGUGGCCCAUGGAUGUCCCUCCUCUGCAUACCAGCCUGGCUUGGAAACAGCCUGCAUUUUUAUAGCAGAAGUACACAUAUAAAGAUGCCUGCAAUGAUCAGGCCAAAGAUGCAUUAACUCUCGCAUCUGGUUCCCCUCAUUUGCUAGCCAGAUGCCUCCAGGGAGCUCAAAAACAGAGCAAGGCGGCAAAGUGUAUUGAGCAUCCUCUGAACCUUGAGGUUGCUGUUGGCAUCUGUCUGUCUCGGGAGACAAUGGAGGAGUGUGCCUUCAGGGGCAAAGUGAAACUGCUGGAGAGUUACAGCGCCUGCUGUGGCUGUAGAGACCGACACAGGACAGACAUGUUUUGUUGUAGCUGGGGCAGAUGAAGGUGUCCAGUUGUGCUGCUGCAGAUGCACCAUGGCAUUUCUUCUCUCUGCACUCCUCCAUCAUUCCUCCUCUCGUCACUGCUAUGGGAUGCAUAACCUGUCUGUCUCCAGGCACUGCGGUCGUCUGCAGGGGAUUUCCCUAUAGUGGGAUUAACGCUGCCCACCUUCAUGUCACUUUUGCAGGCAUCUUUGUGUCGCAGAGUUUGUAACAUGGAGUGCCAUGUUAGGGUGCUUCCAGAUGACCUGUUUAUUGAGAAUUUUUCCUGCUUUGUUUAGUGGGAGAUUAGACAAUAGUGGCUAUUUAAUUAGCAUUCAUUCUCACUGUUUGCAAGGAGGUUAGAUGAUGUCACUUCAAAACAAGUGUUGCCCCCCAUUUUCCCAGUGCAUUUUCCCAACUCCUUAUCACAAAAGUCCCAGUGUUUUGGAGGGAAGUUUGUUGUGCGAAACCUCCCAGUCAAUUAUCAUUGCACAACCUGAAUUUGCCAGUAUGUGAUUGAGUCCCGCCCCCAAAUAGCUACAGGUCUGAUGCUUCCCUUCUCCCACUCCAUCCCUGAUGCCCUCCUCCCGACAGCAAAAGUUGCUGAAUAUAAAGUGUGCAAUACCACUUUAAACAAUCACGCUUUCCCCCAAAGAAUUCUGGGAGUUGUAGUUCAUUAAGUGUGCUAAGAGCUGUGAGGAGACCCCGCUAUUCCCCUCACAGAGCUACAACUGAUUGCAGUUUAACAGUCAAUCCCUCUUCCCAUGGGACUCUGGAAACUGUAGCUCUGUGAGUGGAAAAGGGGUCUUCUAACAAACAACUCUCAUCACUCCUAGUGAACUACAGCUCCCAUGAUUCUUGUAGGUAGGUCAGGACUACUUAAAGUGCUAUCACAGUGUUUUAAAUGCAUGGUGUGAAUGCCGCCCAAGGCACGUCAGGGAGAAUUAAAAUGCACUGGGCGGAGAACAAUGCUAAUCUUGCUUCCACUUUCAGCUCCACCAAUGUUCUUCAAGCACUUUCUCAAUGGUUCAAGGAUGCUUCCCCACAAUCCAUUCUUGCUUUGCAUGUAACAUUCCAGUUCUUGUGCUGGACUUCCCCUUUGCUCGGAGCUCUUUGCAAGAGAACAGCAAACUUCUUGUCUCCCAGAGGAGGAGGCAUGCUAGGCUGGUUGUAGGGAAGAAGAAGAAAGAAGCAACGCGUACAAAGGUUCCUUGGGGCAUCUGAUCUGUGAAUAUUACUCUUUAAUUCCUUCAUCAUGAGCUGGGAGAAGAACCUGUUUGUGGAACUCCUCCUGGUUGCAGCUGGCGGUGAGUAGAUCAGUAUACCCAGUUAUCACUGUAUUGUGUGUUGCUUUGUAAGGAUACAGGGAUGCAACAGACUCUCUAGCUCUUCUUUGCCUGUGUUAAAAGAGAUAGUGUUUUCUACAGGUUUGUUGUUUAGUCGUUUAGUCGUGUCCGACUCUUCAUGACCCCAUGGACCAGAGCACGCCAGGCACUUCUGUCUUCCACUGCCUCCCGCAGUUUGGUCAAACUCAUGCUGGUAGCUUCGAGAACACUAUCCAACCAUCUUGUCCUCUGUCGUCCCCUUCUCCUUGUGCCCUCCAUCUUUCCCAACAUCAGGGUCUUUUCCAGGGAGUCUUCUCUUCUCAUGCGGUGGCCAAAGUAUUGGAGCCUCAGCUUCACGAUCUGUCCUUCCAGUGAGCACUCAGGGCUGAUUUCCUUAAGAAAUCAGCGGUACAGCUUGUUAAAAGCUGUGUUAAAAGAGAUAGUGUUUUCUACAGGUACAGCUUGUUAUGCAGGAGUAGGGAAAGCCUGUACAGGAUCAUCUGGUGACAAGAUCCACUCCCCACAACCACCUUUGAGCUUUUUCCUGAAGAGCUUUGCUGCCAUUAACCUUCCUUGCGGCCCUGAAUCAGAUGUGGCAAAGCUUUGAUUCUCCAAAUGUUGUUGGACUGUAACUUCCAUAAUCUUUGGCUAUGCUGGCUGGAGUUGGUGGGAGCUGUAGUUCAGAAACAUCAGGAGGGACCAGAGUUCCCCAGCCCUGCCCUAAACAAGGCAUGUGCAAGGAGGCUUUUGAGAGUAGCUGCAUUGGGUUGUUCACUGCAGUGUUUUUGAUAGAAAAUCUAAGUUUCUGGGUGGUUUGGUCUACUAAAGAAGCCUAAAUAUGAGCACACCUCAGUUGUGAUUUCUGUUUUGUACCAAAUACACAUGUUAAAGAUAAAUACGGAGAGAGUAUCAGGCUACUGCAAAGUUACAAAAUACUGUGGAAAUAUCCCAAGAAAUCAAAUGUAGAAGGAUGGGUGCAUGGGAUUUGCAAGGCAAUCUUGCCCAUUUGGUCAGACUCCCUGACAAAAGGUUCCAUGGGAAAAGAAUAGUUCUUUUUAAAUCUAACUGGCAAUUUUAUAGAAUCAUAGAAUCAUAGAAUCAUAGAGUUGGAAGAGACCACAAGGGCCAUCGAGUCCAACCCCCUGCCAAGCAGGAAACACCAUCAGAGCACUCCUGACAUAUGGUUGUCAAGCCUCUGCUUAAAGACCUCCAAAGAAGGAGACUCCACCACACUCCUUGGCAGCAAAUUCCACUGUCAAACAGCUCUUACUGUCAGGAAGUUCUUCCUAAUGUUUAGGUGGAAUCUUCUUUCUUGUAGUUUGGAUCCAUUGCUCCGUGUUCGCUUCUCUGGAGCAGCAGAAAACAACCUUUCUCCCUCCUCUAUGUGACAUCCUUUUAUAUAUUUGAACAUGGCUAUCAUAUCACCCCUUAACCUCCUCUUCUCCAGGCUAAACAUGCCCAGCUCCCUUAGCCGUUCCUCAUAAGGCAUCGUUUCCAGGCCUUUGACCAUUUUGGUUGCCCUCCUCUGGACACGUUCCAGUUUGUCAGUGUCCUUCUUGAACUGUGGUGCCCAGAACUGGACACAGUACUCCAGGUGAGGUCUGACCAGAGCAGAAUACAGUGGCACUAUUACUUCCCUUGAUCUAGAUGCUAUACUCCUAUUGAUGCAGCCCAGAAUUGCAUUGGCUUUAUUCUACUUAAACAUUGGAAAUGCAGAGGUGUUUAUGGUCCUGAGUUCAAUCAGCAGAACGUUGUUGAUAAAAAUGCUUGAUCCAACCUAAGCUAACCACUUUCCAGUCCUAUUGAUUUUAGUGAAAGAGUUAAGUACUCUACAUGUGUAUCUUUUGCCUCCUGGAGUCAGUUUUCUUCUACCUAUCAGCAGAUCCUUUGCAGGGCUGCAAGUUCCUUAAGUGGGGAGUGAUAUUAGGUUUAUUAGAUAAAUGUGUCCCAGGAGGUCUUAUUCACUUGAGACAGACAGGACUCAUACAUACUUCUGCUUGCCCCGUUGCUUUCUCCUGGGGAAACCUGCUGUUUACCAUUGCAUUGGAACAAACAUCAAUGGCUUUAUCUGCAGAUUGGUGGGACAAAUGAAAAGCCACUCAGACCCAUGCCUAGAAAGAGGGAAACCUAUUGGACUUUCUAGUCACAGGGCAAGUGGGAAAUGUGGAUGAGCCCUAAGAGCAACACAUUUGAGGAGGAAAGGUGUACAAGUCAUCACUGCUAGGUCUGGGCGAUAUCUGGUUUUCAACAUCACGAUAAAUCAGCUAAACAUUGCAAUAUACUGAUAUAUCACAAAUUGUGAAAUAAGGAUGGAACUAUGUAGAGGCGAACAGUUGGGCUGGGCGAUAUCUGGUUUUCAACUUCAUGAUAUAUCACCAGCUAAACAUUGCAAUGUACUGAUAUAGCACGGCAUCUGAAGUAAAGAUAGAGCUGCUUUUCAAUUUUGUGAUGUAUUACCGGCUAUAUAUCACAAUGUCUGAAAUAAGGAUGAAGCAAAGGCAUUGGCUGGCUUCACGGUUUUUCCCACGUGGUGAUUGUCGCAUAGCACACGUGCACAAACAUACAUCAUAAUUUGCAAUAUAUUGCCAGGUCAAAAAUUAUGAAACCGAUAUCAUGAUAUGGACUUGAGACUGGUUUUGGACGAUAUAUUGCCCAGCCCUACUCACUUCCCAUGUCUCCGUCUUUUCAGAGACAUGACUCGAGCUGAGAGAUGCUUAGAAUGGAAGGGAUUUUUGGAAACAAGAUUAAACUUACUCUCUGCUUGUUUGCAGCUAUUUUAUCCUGCAGUGGAGAGGUGCAGGUUGAAGCAACUCCACAGCCCAUUUCAGUCUUGCAGAGAGCCAAUCAAACGAUCACGACUCUUCCAUAUGGUCAUUCAGAAGUUUCAGUCACACAGAUAGGCAAGCAAUCUGUACAAGAGGCUACCCAGAGAACCCAUUCAGUGUCAGCAUUACCUGAAGAUGCUAAGAUGGUAAAAGCAGAUUCUAUACCACCAGCCAAACAAGUUUCAGUCCACAAACAGGCAAACACAGCAGCCACUCCUCUAGAAACAUCUGCAAACCCCACAAGUCCAACCAGUCAAGCUGCAAGUCACAGAGUGAUUAAAACUACAGUUGUUGCCAGGAGCACAGCCGUACAAUCUGAAACACAAACUGAUGAAGCUGGAAUCCACGGAGCCAUAAAAACGACAGCGGCUGCUCAGAGGACAGCUUCACAACCUGCAGCCCCAAACAGCUGGAACACUGCAGCUCCUGCCUUGCCAGUGAAGGCAGGAAAUGCAAAGAAGACUGUAGCUGGAACAAGCGACAAGUGCAUCACACAACAUGUGCCAGCUGGAACGCCAAGCGCAAACAGUACAGCCCACAGCAAGAUGCCAUCUGGGCAUAAAACCACUGUUCCUGAGCCAACAGCCCCAGUUGGGCCAACCCUCACACCCAAACCAUCGCCAGCUGCAACGGGGGCUUAUAGUGUUUCUAAUGGAACUGCUGAGUGUAUUAAAGCAUCAGUUGGCUUGACAAUGAUAGCUAAAAAUGGAAAAACAGUAAGCUGCAGCUUCCCCCUUUUCCAUUAUUCCCCCCCCCCAUUUUUUUUGUUCAAAAUAUCAAAACAAUCAGUUAAUUCCAGGAACUGUGAUUCUGGGUUCCAAAAGCUAUUUCAGAAAAGCCUUAGGUUUGCAUCUAUAGCAUGGGUAGUAUCUGAUGCCGCCAUGCAGUCAGUGCAAAGAUUUCUGUUCAUGCAAUGGAACUUCUCCCUUCUCCUUAACAACAACUACUACUACUUUCUUAUUUGUACCCUGCCCAUCUGACUGGUUUGCCCCAGCCACUCUGGGCAGCUUCCAAGAUAUAUAAAAACAUAAUAAAACAUUAAACAUGAAAAAGCUUACCUAUACAGGGCUGCCUUCAGAUGUCUUCUAAAGGUUAUUUAAUUACUCAUCUCCUUGACAUCUGAUGGGAGGGCAUGAACCCCCAGAGCAGAUUCAGGGGUUGAGCCAGGGGAGAGAUUCAUUGCAAGAACCCUUGUGCUAAUGGAACAAGUGACUUAGUGCUACUUAGUGAUACAUGCCUUCCUCCUCCCCCCCCCCCAAAAAUAACAGGAACUGUAGUUUACACCUCACAGCACUACAAUUCCCAGCACCCAGGACUCUUUUGGAGGAAGCUAUGUGCUUUAAAUGUAUUUGAAUUGAUUCAAUUCAUAGCCCAGGAGCCCAGGGCAGCAAACAAACAAUUAAAAGAUCUUAAAAGCAAUUCCAGUGCAGAUGCAGACUGGGAAAGAUCUCAACUUUAAAAAGCUGGGUGAAAGAGGAAGGACAACGAAGACAGUGCCUAAUAUUCAUGGGGAGGGGAUUCCAUAGGAUAGAUGCCACAACUUUGAAGGGAUGGUUCCUAUAUUGUGUGCAGUGGACCUCCUGGCAAGAGGGUAUCUUCAAGGUGCCCUCACCUGUAGAGUGCAGUGACCAGGUAUAUAACUAGGUACAUGAGGGGUGAGACAACCUUUCAGGUGUUCUGGUGCCAGGCUGUAUUGGGUUUCAUAUACCAAAAGAAGUAUCUUGAAUUAAGCUCCAUAGCUGAUUGGCAGCCAGUGAAUGCUGCAGGUGUGACCAAACUCUGACGUAAGUCAUUGGUCAGACAUAGCACCAAAUCAGGAUAAGGGAGGUAUGUGGAGGAGGUAUUGGGAAGGGGGUGUGUGUGAACCUGUAGCUCACUUCUUCGUCCCCAUUAAUGAUCAGCAGCGCCAGCCCACUCAGAUGGGGAGUGUCAAGAAGGGACUGUGCAAGAACCAUUCUGACCUGAGCUAUGUGAUGGGUAUAAGAAAAGGCUCCUAGAAAUGCUGCUGGAAGCAAGUGUUGUUGAAAUAGAUGGGACUUCUAAUAGUUAGCAAGGGACUAUAACUCUCAUCAUCCCUGACCAUUGGCUGUGCUGGGUGGGACUGAUGGGACUUGGGAGCCCCCCAACAUUUGAGUGGGUGGGCAGGUGCACAGGUUAGCCACCCCUGUUUUAGAAAGAAAGCAUGUGUCAGGCUGUGUUGGGAUUCAUGCGCCGUUUCCCUUUUACAGAACAACCUGGAAUACUUCAAUAUCAACCCAAACACCACGCGUACAAUUGGAAUGUGUGGGGUUUGGGUGUCAACUCUGAGAAUCUCAUUUGAAGGUGGCUUCAUACGUUUUACUUUCACCAAGGUAAGCAUUUUACCAGAUGUUGUUUUGGGGGGAGUGAGGAGGGGAUCCCAGAAUGUUGGGAAUUUUCCUUGAAGAGAGUGAUUUGACAUUUGGCUUUGGCUCGGUUUCAGUGGUCGAGCGUGAAUUUUACCUUAGUUCAGUAGGCUAGUUUCUACACAUGCUCACCCCUAUUUUUUUAGGAGGUUUUUAACGUUGGCCUACUAAUAACUUCUGGUUUGUGCAUUUAAAGUGGAUUAAAAAGCUUUCUCUGCCACACUGGAGCAGCAAAUCCACUUCAAAAGCAAAACAAAGAAAUGGAAAUGCGGCUUAAGUAGGAAAAUGCAUUGAGAAAUAUGGGGUAAGCAAAUGAUUCACGAGAAGCUAUGUAAACACCCUGCAGGCAAAUUGGGAUGAAAGAAGCAAGAGGGAUGUUUAUUGUUGUACAACUGCCCGUUAAACAUGUCAGGGGAUGUGUGUGCUCUGUUUUCUCAACAGGGGACAUGUGAGAACUCCUCGUUUGGAAGGGCCCCUUGUCAAACCAAAGCAAGACCCUAGUUGUCAAACAAAGACCCAAUUUUAAGUGUUUGCUCUGGCUCCUCUUAAGAGAGCGGUGUUGCUUAACUGAAGUAAGAGGCUUAGAAACUGUUGUGUCGUUGACAGCCACAUCACAGAGUGGCUUCAGUGAAGAUGCCGAGGUAAAAUUUUGAGUUGGCCACCCCAAGCAACACCCUCCAGAAGCAACGCAACUAUUGGUGCAGCAUUGCACAAUCCAGCCUCCUCUUUAAGAUAAGCAUUCAGAGGCUGUUGAGUUUGAACCUGCUCUUUGAAAUAUAUGCAGGCAUGAAUUCGGCUGCCAGAUUCCCAGUGUGUGUGUGUGUGUUUGCCUUUCAGAAACUAUUACAGAGGCCUUAUUCUGAUCAGUUAGAUGUGAUUUUGUACAGAGUGUGCCUUCCAUUAAUAUGACGCAUGCAUAACCUGAGAUCAGGUGUGGUGUGCUACAAAAAUUGGAUUGUGAAGUGUGUGGGAGGGAGAAGCUGCGUACUUGCUAUACCUUUAAAGCAUAUUUGAAGCACAUUUCCCCCCUCAGGUUUGUCAAGUGUUCUUGGGAACUGUAACUCUAUGAGGGGAAAACUCAUGCUGCCCAACUUUUUCAGAUCAAAAACCAGGAUGCACGUCUUCCAGGGCACAUUCCAAGGGAGUUACGUAAGCUGCGUGGCAAUCUCACCCUGAAAAAAACACUUUUGGGGGGUGCCAUCCUGCAAGGUGCCCCAAAGGCCCUUUUGGGGGGGGGGGACAAGAACACAUGAGGUCACUUUGGCUGGGGAAACCCAGAUGGGUGGAGUAUAAAUAAAAAUAAAAACUUUUUCCAGGACACUUGGUGGGUAUGAAAACAGCAGUGCUUAGAAUUCUUUGAGGUAAAGAACGUGCUUCAAAUGUGUUUUAAAGUUACAGUGUAGACACAGCCAGAGAGAAAAAAUGAAAGCGUCAUGCCUGCUUUGGGGCUACUCAGAAAUGGCUUUCAGGAGGCUUCCAGAACAUGAAUGGGGAACUUCAGGCCUGGGAACCAAAUACAGCCAGCCUUCCAGUGCUCUGUUGGGCUCUUGGGACUUUCCCCGGGUCACAGCCCUCACCAGCCAUGCCCUUUGACUGCUUUCGUCUUGGCAAGGAUGGAGGAUGGGGAGACAGUGUGUGGUAGAAAGGUCAGGCUUUUCUGUGGCUCAGAGUAGCCUACUGCACAUAGGUUAAGAGUCAUAUCCGUUGCCUCUGGCCUCACCCGCCACUGAAAUGUGGCCCUCAGAAGAUUCCCCAUGAGGAAGGUUGCAACUGUUGGCCUUGGUAAUAAACAUUGCUAAAUGAAAAAUAUUCUGAUGUACCCUGGAGUCCUCAGGAGAGUGCUUACCCCUCUUGCACCCUGGCACCUCUUGGAUGUCACAAGAAAUACCAAAUUCGCUAGGUGUCUGAAGCAUUUCCCCUUGCUUUACCUAAUGCUAGGGCCAGCACUGACUUGGAGGCUUUGUUAUUAUAUGGGCAAAGGUUCCAGUUCUAAAUGUUUUGCUCUAAAGCGCCCGAGGAGCAUGGCUACAUCCCUGCUGCAGGUACCAUGUGGACCAAGGAGCUCAACUAUAGAGCAUGAGUCGAACACUCCAGUCCUCUAUGAAGGGCAAAUACACUUCUCAAGCAGCUAGCACAUAAGAAAGCUCCCUUCUGUUGUAUUAGAGGAGGAUAUGUGGCCUGAAAUAAUAGGAAAAGGUUUUAGUUGGUUUCCCCUCUAUCUGCCCAUGGUCAUGAACCUUCUAUGCAUCUUCUUGUGUUUUCUAAAUUGUAAGCAAUGAUAUUGGAUAAAACGAUGCUUGCUUCCUUCCUCCCCCACCUUUUUUUUCUUCUUCCCCAGAGUGGAGAAGUGUACUAUGUCAGCGUGAUUGAAGCUUCUUUAACUGUACCAUCCGAGGGUAAGUCACAUGGUGAUUCUUCCCCUGCCUUUGAACAGUUAGCAUUUACGAAAUUUUGAAGCUUCUCUUAAGAGUCAAGGCACUGGGUCACGCAGUCACCAAAACUCAUAGCUGGCGUUUGAGUAGCAUGUAAAGGAAGUUAGAAAUGUCUUUUUCUGCACUUUACUGCGUGCAUUGAUUUAAGAUGUGUUGGGGAUGAAUCAAGCUUUCUGUUUCAUUUUCUCUCAGCUUCUAUUUUCUCUAGCCUUCAGUUUGACCUGUUUCCAAAUCAAUUUGCAUUUUUUAAAAAAAACAACAUGAAAAUUUGCAUGCAAUUUGCUUACAUUUCUCUUAAUAUACACAUUUUUGUGCACUAAACUGAACACAUAUUUCCAAGCAAUUUUCCCUAAUAUUAUGCUCCCCCCCAAAAAAAAAUUAUAUUGGGUGGUAUUCAGCUAAAUUUUAUCCAGCUGCUGACAUGCAUCUGUCUUGAGAGACAAUGGAGUGUGCCUCUGGGGGUGAAGUGAAACCACCAGAGGAUCACAGCGCCUGCUGUGGCUCAGGAGCAUAGCAUGGGCAGGGGCUGCCAGGGUGAUGGCCCUGAGCGCAUUUUUCUGGGGGGCACUGCUCACGCCACCCUACCAGCCCUGUGCCACUUUGCAAGGCUAGGAUCAAAGAGUGCAUGGCUGCUGUGUCCUUCGUAAGCCACCCUCCCCAAGCCACUUUGCAAGGCUGAGAUGAUACGGUGGGAGCUGGGCUGGCAAGACAGGAUCCCUUAGCCCUCCGUGCCCUGCCCACCCGCCCCAGGCACCAGCUAAACAUGCUCCACCACUGCUGGGGCUGCAGAGACUGGUAACUUGUAACUACUGCCUCCUGCAUUAUUUCUGCUGUGUGGGUCAUUCCAUGUCAGUUCAACGUGGUCAUGCCACCCACCAUCUCGGAUUUUGAUGAAACUUGGUGUACACCCUUCCCCUAUGGUUGAAAGAAACCCUCUUAAUUUUUUCCCCUCUAUCACAAACAGUUUUGAUUUUAUAGCACUUCAGAGUUUCAUGAAACCUGCAUUUCUGUCCCUCUUGAGAUCCUCGGCCUUGUGUACAUUUUAUUUUAUUUUUCCUCCAUAACCAAUGAUCAGAUCUCUUUGAAAUUUUACAGAGCUCAAUAACAUGAUGAGGAUUUCAGGGGAAAAAUACACCAGCACUCAAAAGAUUUUAUAAAUGCCUAAAAAAUGUAUAAAUGUAGUUUUUUUGGCGGAGACAAGAGGCAAGAGGCACCCUCUUAUUUUAGACGGUGGAGGGGGCUGAAGCUGCUUGCCUUGCAUUAUGUAUGUAAUGAGUUUGUGGGAGAAGUGAGAUUGCAUUUAAGGAUUCCAGGGUCAAGACUUUCCUUCUUGCCACCGCACUGCACUUUUUCUGGAUUGCACUUCUGAGGCUUAUUUUAUGAGGAUAAAAAAAUGCACUCAUGGUCACCUUAGGUGUACUCAAAAUCAGUGGAACUUGAGCAUACAUUUCAAGUACUUCUUAAAGUACUGACUUCAAAGAAGCCGACUCUCUGCAGAAUUUAGAAUUGUAGCAGGCUGUUCUUUUCCUGAAUAAUCAUCCACUAAGAGUCAGUUGAAUAAUAGCAACACAUGAACCCCGCCCCCUCCAAUCCUGGGAACUGUAGUUUACCCCUCACAUAGCUAUAAUCCCCAGUACCCUUAAGAAACCAGUUCUCAGAAGUCAUGUGCUUUAAAUGUGUAGUGUGUGCGCAGAGCUAGUUUAACCCUAGUUCUUCAUAAAUUUGCACAAAUGUCUAAUGACUAGGUGAAACAGGCACUGUAAGAGACAGCUCCAGAAGAGGAGCCAAGAGAAAGCUGGUCUUAGCAGAGCCAGUGGAGGAUCCUCACUGUCUUGUCUGCUGUGGUCAGGUGGAUCUAGUGCUAUGGAAAGACAGUUCUGGGACUGGAGGAGAUGGAUGAACCUGUAGCCUGCCGUAUGUGGAACAUAUUUGCCUUACACUGUCAGGCACCUAGUUCUAAGUAGAAAGGGGUGGCAGACUGGCCGGCCAGUUGGCAGGUAAAUGGUCUUGUGAUAAUGAGGAUUUGUAUGGUGGCUUUGGGUCGCUCUUGGGGGUUAUCUCACACCCUGAACAGAUCUGAGGUCUUAGUGUUUGCAUUUGAACUGCCUGCAAUCAUAGCUGUCAACUUUCAGAUUUGAAAAUAAGGGAUCAGCAGCCUCACCUGUCCCGGGGACAGUCUACGGGAUAUCUAACAAUCCAGGAUAGCAAUGGGAAAUGGCGCUGGAAUAAGGGAAUUUCCCGCAAAAAAAGACAAGGUUGACAGCUAUGCCUGCAAUCCAUCCUCUAAGCAGCAGACCUAACAGCAAACCGAACAGGGGAAUGUGCUUGAUCUAUAGCAGGGUUUCCCAAACUUAAGUCACCAGCUGGUUUUGGACUACAACUCCCACCAUUCCUAGCUAGUAGGAGCAGUGGUCGGGGAUGAUGUGAAUUGUAGUCCAAAACCAGCUGGAGACCCAAGUUUGGGAAAUCCUAGUUAUAAGAUCGCAGCUCAAGCUAUGCAGCGCCUACUGCACAUCAGUUGGUGACCCUUCAUUCAAGGAAAGAUUUUGCCUCCAACAACACCAUUUGUCGUUUCUUUUUAUUUCUGUAUUCUUCAGGUGUGCUGUACAGUGGAAUUAAAAGCGACCAGCUCUUUUCAGCGCCUUUAGGGAAUUGCUUCAAGUGUCUCAGCAUGCAAACCAUAGAGAUGUCCAACAACCUUCAACUCCUGCUUUCCAGCUCUCAACUUCAAGCCUUUAAUAUCGUUGGCAACCAGUUUGGGAAAGGUUGGUAGCAGUGCUUGUCACUGGACGUGUGAUAAGGCACUCCUUCUCAUUCAGUUGAUUUAAACACACCACUGUGAGCAAGUCCAGGCCAGUAGCAUGUUUUUAAACAGCUAGACACUCCUGUUGCAAUCAAAACUGUGUGAAGUAUGGUUCAGUUUCAAGUUAUUAUCAAGAACUUUCUCUCAAAAAACAUAUGAAAUGCAGGCUCAGGUAAUAUUCCUUGCUUUCAUUUGUAGCUUAACUGGAAUAGCUAGUUUGUUCAUUUCACCAGCAAGCACACAGCAACCCAUGUGACUGUGGCAGAUGGCAGCUCCUUUCCCACGGCAAUUGACAAUUGCAUGGGGAUUGCAGGUAACCUGAAUGAAUGAAAGGGGAUUCCACUUGCUAUCCCCAGCCAAUGUGCCUUCGGCCAAUGGUCUGAACAAAACCAGUAUGCAUGCAACUGUGGGUGCAAUCUGUGACCCUGCCAUUUAUGUGCGGGAUUCCCAGCUGCACAGAGAGAUGUGCCAUUCACAUGUUGCAAUUUAUAAGCAUAACCCACACCUUCAGUUGAACAAGUGAGGACCAAGAAGGUGGGAUCCAGAUCCUCAUACGCACGCGAUGGCUGAUAGGAAAUGUUCGGUUCACAUUUCUGCACUGAGCUUGUAAAUUUCUGUUUAGUCCUCAUGAAAAUUCGUCAACAUUCUAGCGUGCGUAUCUCGGCACAUUCUCACUUUUACGCAGCUUUGCCCAAUAUACGUCUUUGCAAUUCAUGUAAGGAAUUGUGUUUGUUAUUUUCACAUACUUGUGCAUUUUUCUCAGGGCUGUGAUGUGGGGGUGGAUAGUUCUUUGGGGAUGUGCAGGCUCAGAGGUGACUGACUCAUGAGAUUUCAAUUCUGUGAUCAUUGACAAGCUCUAGCUCAGGUCCGACCAUGAUCCUGGAGUCUUGGCCUGCACCGAACACCUCUGCCUCCAAUACUGUUGGUCCAGCUACCUCAAUGAUCGUACCUUGUUGCAGUCAGAGUUCAGGCUGUUGCUCAGGGUGGGGUUCAUGGCACAAUAUUGUAGACAUGUGAAGACUUGGCAGAGGAGUUUCAGUCUGAAGAGUCUUCCCCUCCACUCUUGCUUACUGACAUCCUUUUAACUGGGGAUGCCAGGGAUUGAACCCAGAAAGGUCAACCCCUGGGCCAUAGCUUCUCCCAAAUGGAUUGGGGAGUGACUGUCAAUUAAAGUAUUUAGUAUCAGAUAAGAGGAACCAAUAUGUAAGGCAUUCAGGCAAAGGACAGGUAGAGGGAAACCAUACAUCUAGAUGUGCAGAGAGAGACCCAAGCAGUCUCCCCACACUGACAAGAUUCAGGGGCAGACUUUGGUAAUCUUUCAUAAUAUAGUGCCCUGUGUGAGCCCAAAAUCUGGCGUCCCCCAAUGGAUCUUCUCAGUUAUGGAUCUUCUCAAUUUUGCGCCGCCUUGGCUCAGCGCCCUGUGCAAAGGAACUGCCCAUCCUCCCUAAAUCCGGCCCUGCCAGACUGAAGGAAGUUUUAAAGCUCUCCAUUGAACCAGACUGGUCUGCCAGCAUCAUAUGACUUCCCAGGCCAAGAGGAUUCUGGGUCUCUUGUAAAUUCCUAGCCAAAAUGAACUGUAAUUCCCAGUGCCUGAUCCACAGAAUCCCCAGUUUGCAGCCCUGCCAUGCCCAAUAUAAUGGUUUGAAAUGGACUAUAGAUGGAUGGCUCAAUCCCUGAUUAAAGCUAGGAAAAGUUCCAACCUACCUCACAACAAUUAACUUUUAUAAAAAAAGUUGCCUUCCAUGAGCAUUGGGGAAAGGAUAUGCUAUGCAUCAAGAAAUUAAAACUGACCAAAAUGGCAGCUCCACAGACAGUGCUCGUGGGUUUUUGUAUAAUUAUCAGUAGCUGUAUUUUACUGAGCAAGAAACUGAUGAAAGCAUAUGAUAAUUGUGUAAUACGCCAUAACAUCCUGAUUUUUAUUGCAGAGGAAGAAUGUGCUCUUGACAGAAACAAGAGAUUAAUUCCAGUUACCGUGGGCCUCAGUCUCGCAGGAUUAUUUGUCAUUGUCUUUGCCACCUGUGCGAUUUACAGAAAAAAGCGCACCUCAAGCUAUGAACGAAUCUAAACCACUUCAUUAAAGAUCUGUGCAGCAGCGAGUAAAAAGGUUGUAGAUGAUGGAAUGCUCUACUUCUGCCUACUUAUUUGAUUGUGGCAACUACAAUUGUAAAUUGAUUGUGUUGUGUAUUUACUUGUGUGCACUUGAAAAUUGACACUAUUAUGUUGUUAUUUCUAUAUUCAUAACUUGCCUUUCUGCUUAGAAAAGAGCAGUUAUAUAUAUAUAUCUAGGGCUACGACCUUUAAGGAGGACGCAGCAUAUUUUUACAUUUUUUUUUCACGUUUCCAUCUUCAAAAAAGCAUUUCCCCUUCUCUCAUACAACAGGGAAUGCUUCCAUUCUGUCUUGUCUCAUCUAUAAACUAAGAGUGUAUGCUUUUUGCUUCAAACUAUGGUUGUUUUUACUCAUAUGCAAAUAUAAUUAAAUUAAUAAAUUAAUCAACUAAAAUUUCUUUAAUUGUGUCCUAUCCCUAAUAAGAAUAAUCUCUUUUUCUCUAUCUUUCACAC